AUGGCCGCUGAGAUCAACAAUCUGCGUGCUCGAAUCAACGGACCGGCAGUGUGUAAGCUUGCCUCCAGCUUAAACGCAGAGAAGCCCUGUGUGCUAGAACACCCCCCAAAGGUUGUAGGGUUAGAGUCUCUCACAGGCUGUGCAAAUUACUAUGUCCGCAUCCGGUUUGAGGAUGGGUCGCCAUCGUGGCUUUUACGAGUGCCGCGAGUUACGGGCUUUGCUGUCGGUCUUCCUUUGUCUCUUGCCGAAUACCUGAUUCGAAGCGAGUAUGCAACACUCAAAUUCCUGGAGACUACCGAGGUGCCAGCGCCGCGGGCAUUCUGGUUUGGUAUCCCGUCCCAGGGAACCGAUUGUGGCGUCGGGGUCUGCUUUCUUCUCAUGGAGGAGUUAGCUGGUAGACCGUGGGAUGGCCAAGGAGACACCUCCAAGGUUUGGCAACGUCUUGCAGAGAUUUUGGCGGAAUUGGAGAAGCAUGAGUUUCGACAAGCUGGUUCUCUAUGCGUCGAGUCCCCUCAAGAUCAACCUUUGGUUUCUGCUGCAGCAAGCGACAGAUUCGUCUGCCUUGACCCUUGCGGUCCAUUCAAAACCGCAACAGAGUAUUACUCAGCCUGGGCCGAACAGCAUCUCGCGCUGAUUGUUGACGGUCAGCUGUACCCCCAAUUCCCAAUUGAGGCCUACCUGGUGUAUCGAUUCUUGAAGAAGAACGCGGGCGCGUUGUCCGAUGACGAUGACGUGUUUUUUCUCAGGCACGUUGACGACAAAGGUGAUCACCUGAUGGUUGACGAGCAAUCCAACAUCAUUGGUAUCGUUGACUGGCAAAUGGCACGUGUCGUUCCGCGACGAGAGGCAUUUGGGUUAUCACUCGUAUCUGCGGAUAUGGGAGCUCUAUGUGAUGGUGAAGUGUCACUCAGUGCGAAAGACGUCGCACUUGGUGAUGCUUUGCGGGGAAAGAGCGCAAGAUUGGCUGAAUACAUGGGGGAUGAGAAGGUGAGACGAUUCUUUUGGGGCCUGGGACUAGAGCACAACUGGACCCUGGCAUUGCCGUUGGCGAAGGCUAUACUUCAAGUCUUUGGCGUAGAACAGGGUUGGGAUGAAUGGAGAGAGGAGCAGUUGACCGAGUGCAAGGGCGAUGAACGUCUGACGGCCCUUUUGGAAGUUUCUUGA